AUUUUCUUGGGAUUGUUUGGUUUAAACACUCAAAUCUCAACCAGUCCCCCGCCAUGGCCAACGUCUUCGCUGUCCAGGUCUUUUUCAUUCUUUUUCGAGAGUGUCUGGAGGCGGUCAUCAUCGUCUCCGUGCUUCUCUCUUUCCUCAAGCAGAGUUUGGGCCAGCCACACCAAGACCAGGCCAUCUACCGGCGACUACGGCGUCAGGUCUGGGCAGGCUCAAUCACUGGCAUAGUUUGUUGUCUGAUCAUCGGCGGUGCCUUCAUCGGCGUCUUCUAUGGCCUGGGCCAUGAUAUUUGGUCCAAUGCGGAGCAACUGUGGGAAGGCAUUUUCUACUUGAUUGCGACGAUCAUCGUGACGGUCAUGGGACUGGCUCUGUUGCGCAUCAACAAGACCAAGGAGCAGUGGCGGAUCAAGAUUGCGAAGGCUCUGGUCGAGAAGAACAAGCAUGGGAAAAAGUCCCGUCUGCUCGGCAACUGGGCCCGUCGGUACGCCAUGUUCCUUCUGCCUUUCAUCACCACCAUGCGCGAGGGCGUCGAGGCUGUUGUUUUCGUGGGCGGCGUCUCGCUCGGCUACCCUGCCACUGCCUUUCCAUUGCCGGUCUUCACGGGGAUGGUGGCCGGGUUGACCUGCGGGUAUCUCAUCUACCGGGGUGGGAACGUCCUGUCGAUCCAGCUGUUUCUUAUCGCCUCCACCUGCGUGCUGUACCUGAUUGCCGCGGGCAUGUUCUCCAAGUCCAUCUGGGACCUGCAGUACUACGUCUUCCAGAUGAGGGUCGGCUCCGAUGUUGCCGAGGAGGGCAGCGGCGCGGGCUCCUACAACAUCCUCCAGACGGUCUGGCACGUCAACUGCUGCAACGCGGAGACGGACAACGGAUGGGAUGUCUUCAACGCGAUUCUUGGGUGGGAGAACACCGGGACCUACGGCUCCGUCAUCUCCUACAACGUCUACUGGAUUUUCAUCAUGCUGUGUGUGGCCUACAUGUUGUGGGAGGAGCGCUCGGGCAGAAAGUCCUUGCGUGAGCGCAUGCUGGUGGUGAUGGCCAAGGUCCCCGGCCUCAGCUGGUACGCGAAACCCAAGCUGGCGGUCCUGCAGGAGAACCCGGAGGAUAUCGUGCGCCAGGUGCACAGUGGGCUGUUCAAUGAGGAGCCCGUGGUGGAGCAGCAGAUGGUGGAGAUGAAGUGAUGAGCUCGUGGUCCGAAG